UUUUUUUUCGAAAGUUCGAUAGACACGAGAUCCAACUGCAGCAAUUGACUUAAUCCCCCACAACCGUGUCGUGUCUCAACCCGCCCAGUGCGUUGGGGCGAGGUGAUCUGGGUUUAUCAAAAAUGAAGAGAAUACGGUUAGACAGGUUAUCGAGUCAAUUGCUCUCUUCAACCCCGGCAAGACCAGCGUCCACAUCCCACUCCACUAGAAUAUGUCGAACAGCCCGAACAUCUAGAUUACAAACCCCUCUAUUAUGCCCCGGUCAAAGGAGAUGGCAGUCCACAACACCUGACGUGUAUACCGACCAAAUAGACUAUCAAGGAACUGAAGGAAAUGAAGGGACUUCAUACCCAUCCGAAGAAGGAAAAAUACAACCGCUCCCGUCGCCACCACCCGAACGAGCCUUAUACUCGGCAAAACUUGCGGCCUUACAUGCGCGACUCUCUCUCUCCUCCAAAAUUCCCCUCCAGAUUCUCGCCCGCACCCUAAUAGACCCCUCGGCCGAUUCCCACCCGCACUACAAUAAUGCGAACCUUGCAUUCCUGGGCGCUGCCCUGCUCCAGUACCACACGUCCGAAAUGCUCAUCAUGCGAUAUCCGCGCCUGCCCAUGACGAUUCUGUUCUCCGCCAUGAAGGGCUACUCCGGCGUGCCGGCGCUGAACCAAGUUGCACGAGCCUGGGGUGUGGAGGCUUGCGCCGCGCCAGGCGAGGAAGUAGAUCCCGGCGUCCUGCAAUUUUCAUCCGAUAAGCCGACCGUCAUGAUGAACAAGUGGGGUUACGUGCGCGCCGAGUCGAAGGAGCUUCUGAAGUACAAGUGGCGCCGAGGUGUCAGUAGUAGAGUUAUAUACGACGACGCCUUCGGUGAGCUAGUACAGAAAGACGGAAAGCCGGCACAGGAAGCUCAGGAGCAGGCGCAGAAAGAGGGAGAUGAUAAGUCCGAGGUCAGCGACGCACGGAAUUCUAGAGAUCUAGUCGUGAAUGAUCCAAGCCAGAAUGCGCACGCAAACUUCGUACGCGCCGUGGUCGGCGCCAUCUACCAGUACUGCGGGCGCGAGACCGCCAAGAUAUUUGUGCAGUCGCACGUCCUCUCCCGGAAACUCGAUUUGGAGAAUCUGUUCUACUUCAAAUUGCCCAUAAGAGAGCUGGCGCGACUAUGCGCCAGAGAAGAUUUCGACGAUCCCGUAGCGAGGCUGCUUAGUGAGACGGGACGGCUGAGCAGAACGCCGGUCUUUGUGGUGGGGAUCUACAGCGGCCGGGACAAGCUCGGCGAGGGUACCGGGCCCAGUCUCGAUGCCGCGAGGACGGCCGCGGCGAUUAACUCGUUGAAGUCGUGGUACCUAUACAGCCCCGGCGAUGUCGGAGUACCUAGCGACACCUUCGAUGAGGAUGCCGUUCACUGGGAACCAGCGUACGUCGAUAUCGGCGAGAUAAUAUCGUGAUGCGUCGUCGUCGGAUCUAGGCGAGGGGCUCUACAAUGGGACGUAAGAGGUUUACAACCGCGAGAAUUCUCCUCUCCUCUCCUCUGCGGAGCAAGGCGUACCAGUAUAGCCAUUGGAUAAAAAUAGGAGACGGCCGAAAAAAAGGACAAAUAACAUCUAUUCGAAAAUAAGAGAUGAUUGAUGAUUGAUGUCUUGGCUGUCGGCGGGACUUAUGUUAUGAGGGUGGAUUCAGGGGCCGGGUCUGCCAACGUUGUAUCAUUGUACCAUACUUUCAAAAACGUCCAUGAAGCUGGAUGGCCCAUGUAGAAAAACAUACAAGGACAGCACCACCCGUAAACCACUCUUCAGCCGAGUGUAAAUAUCUACUUGCACAAUUUACAUUCGAGGGUGUCGUCCCUAGUCUUUUUCUGGUGCUGUCAUUAUUGUAUAUG